ACAAGUUGAGAGGUUGCACGUCAUGUCCUUGACUUCCUACGAGAGGUGAUAGCUAGCUAUUAGCUGGAGCGUGUGUCCCGACAGGUAACCGGACUUCUCGUUCCGGGCUAAAUUAUUCGCCAUGGGACUUAUUCCAGAAGAGGGAAAGUCUCUCCCUCCUCCGGGAAUCGUGAACAGGUACUCGGUGUGGCUGUCCGGGGCCGGCUGGCUCACCGCGAUGCUUCAUAAUGCUAUGGCUCGCAGGCCUCCGCUCAAAUCAGGCGUCCAUCGACAGGUUCUUUUUGCAACUAUCGGCUGGUUCAUCGGCUAUCAUCUUGUGAAAUUUGAAAACUACGCCUAUGCCAAACGGGACCGAGAUAUGAACGAGUACAUGAAACUCCACCCAGAGAGAUUUCCAGUAAAGGAAAAAAAGACCUUUGCAGAGAUCGUCGAGCCCUUCUAUCCUGUGCGCUAAGUUGCUGCUGAGAUGAAGAAUGAAGAGAAAAGAGAGGAUAUUGUGCAGACCGUUUUUGUCUGUAGCUGCCUGUUGGUGUGGAAAAAAAAUGUAAAUUAAAAAAUCCUAAAUUAAUAA